AUGGUGGAUAAGAGGAUUGCAAUUAUUGUAGCAGCAGUUUGUUUAAUAUCAACUAAUGCCGACGUUUUGACACACAAAAGUCCAAUAAGAUUCCCUGAUGAUUUUGAGUUUGGCGCUGCAACAGCGGCCUAUCAAAUUGAAGGUGCUUGGAAUGUAGACGGCAAAGGUCGGUCUAUAUGGGAUCAUUUUGUUCAUACUAAGCCUGAAUCAAUAACUGAUGGAACCAAUGCCGACAUCGCCGCCAAUUCCUACUACUUCUUUAAAAGAGACGUUGAGAUGCUCAAAGAAUUGGGAGUCAACAACUACAGAUUUUCAAUAUCAUGGACGAGGAUUAUGCCUUUUGGCCGGCCAGAUUAUAUAAAUCCUCUAGGAAUAGAAUAUUAUAAUAAUCUUAUUGAUGAAUUGUUAGCGAACGAUAUUGCACCCUUUGUAACAAUAUAUCACUGGGAUUUGCCGCAAAGUCUCCAGGAACGAGGAGGAUGGCUAAAUGAAGAAAUUGUGGAUUGGUUCGGAGAUUACGCUAGAGUCCUGUACGAGAACUUUGGAGAUAGAGUUAAGCAUUGGUUGACUCUCAAUGAACCUUAUAUCCACUGUUACUAUAGUUAUGGUGUUGGUUACCACCCACCUUUGCUUUAUUCUCCUGGAGAAGGCUAUUAUGAAUGUGGGAGACACUAUUUGUUAGCAAAUGCGCGAGCCUAUCACAUUUAUGACGAUGAAUUUAGAGCGUCUCAAGGUGGCCUGGUUGGCUUUGUUAUUAGUAUGGAAUGGGGAAUGCCAGCUACUGGUUCUGCUGAAGAUGUUCAGGCUUCUCGCGAUUAUGCAGCAUUCCACAACGAUCAUUUUAUGCAUCCAAUAUUUUCUGAGCAAGGGAACUACCCACAAAUAAUGAUAGAUAGGGUCGCAGCGGCAAGCGCUCGGCAAGGACUGAACGUUUCCCGAUUGCGUCCUUUUUCUUAUGAACAAAUACAGUAUUUGAAAGGAUCGGCCGACUUCCUGGGCCUUAACCAUUACUUCAGCACAUACGUUUACAGAAACUCUUCUUUGGAAGGAUCAUUCACGGUACCCUCACUUGAAGACGACAUAAUGGUUGGCAAAUUUAAGGAUCCCUCUUGGCCACAUUUUGGAAUGACACGUGAAUACGCCCCAGGUCUGUACUAUCUUCUCAAUUUCUUAAAGGAGAAGUACAACAAUCCUCUAAUUUAUAUCACCGAGAAUGGAGCCUCUACACUCACAGGCCUGGACGAUGAUAGCCGUGUCAGUUAUAUUAGGAAUUAUCUUAGCUCUGUUAUAAAUGCGGUGAAUGAAGGCGUUAAUGUGAAGGGGUAUUUUAUUUGGAGCUUAAUGGACAAUUUUGAAUGGGCUCAUGGCUAUUCGUUGAGAUUCGGAAUCUAUGAAGUGGACAUGAAUGAUACUAACAGAAAACGUAUUCCAAGAAAAUCAGCUCUAGUUUACAAAGAAAUCAUAAGAAGUAGAGUCAUUGACGUCAGUUACGAACCAGAUCCGUAUGCCAAAGAAAUAGUGAUGCUUAAGGGUGUUGCUACUUUCAGUGCACCUUACUUUGUUACUUUUGCUUUAACAAUAUUUGUUUGCUUAGUUUGAUUAAUGAUAAUUAUGAAUUCAAAAA